CUGUGCUCUAAAUCCUCACUCUCUUUCUCCCCUCCCCCCACUCUCCCUUGUAGCCUUUGCCUUACCUGGCUGUGUGUGUCGUUCAGACACACCCGGCUGCUCCAUAUCAACCAAUCGCUGCUCCAUGAGACGCACACCAAGGAGGUGCACUUCCUGUGUUUCGUGAGAGAAGAAUGGGGCAAGAGAGAGGAGAGAGUUGUGUAUUUACUUUUUUUUUCUGGCCAGGGGGGGUCCUGUAGGCGGUAGAGGGGAGGGAAAAGGACUGAAGUAGUGGACAGACUCGACAGAUUUUUUUGUUUGAUUUAUGGGAGAUCUCCAUGUUCAGCAACAGCGACUGAGAGGAGGACAAGACUGAGAGAAAGGAGGAGGGGAAAGAUAAGUGUCAAUCUGUUGAGACUUGUUUGGGAAUUUGAGGGGAGGUGGGCAGAGACUGAGAGAGAGCCAGCAAGAGGGAAAAGCAAGGAGAGCACAGGCGUAAACAUUAGGUUUUUCACAAGAGUUAAAGUGGUGAGAGAAAAAGACACAGGGGUUUCAGAUUUAUUUGAGAAAAGGAAGCUGCUUGCUGUGUCAUUUAGACAAUGUGAAUACAUGGAGUGAAUUCUUAUGUGUUGUGCAAUCCCAUGCUUUUGAGCUGAGCUGGAGUAGAGUGGAGUCGGGUGGGGGACUGGAUCUCCCCAGGACGCCACAUUCAGGUUCUCCAUAUUAUGGUACAAUGGGGACCAAAAGGCCCAGCUGCACCCUCUUUGACACUGUAUCUAACGUAAACACGUCUGACCGCAAGCUUCAGCCAGGUGGAAAAAUCUCUCGGGAUCCAAGUCCCAGGCCAGUGAUGACUGCCCAGUCGGAGCGAGGGAGAGACAGCAACCGAGAAGAAGACCGCAGGAGGGAGAGAGAAAUGAACAAAAAGAGAGACAAGGCGAGAUACAAAAAUAUGGACCCACAGGAGAGACACUCUGACAGGGCCACUGCGCCCAGGGUGAGGGAGGGAGAGAGAGAGUGGAGGGAGAGAGAGCGGUGGCAAGAGGACGACAGAGGCAGGAACGGGCGGUUGCUGUCGAAUUUGGAGAGGGAUACUGAGAGAGAGGUGGAAAGGGGGAUGAAGAAAGGAGACACGUUCCCCAGAAUGACAAAAAGCAGCGCAGAGUGUAACAGGGGAAUGAUGUCUGCCACUGAGAUUGAUGACGAGAGAGGAGAGAGGAGGCAGAGGGAUAGGCCGAAGCAAACAGAGACAGAUGACUGGGAGAGAGAGAGAGAGAGGGCAUGGCAGAGAGAGAGGCACAGAGAGAGGGAAAGAGAGGAGAUCCGAAGCAGGCCGAAGGAGGAGGGGAGAAAAGGGUAUCAGGAGUCUGAUGUUUUUCAAGACAGGGGAAGAGAAGUGGGUGAUACCUGGGACAGAAGAGAGAGAGAUGCAGCAAGAAAAAGAGAAAAGCCGAGGCCUAACAUGGGAGAGAGGGAGGCCAGGAUGCCUUCCCCGCGCAGGCGAAGAGACAGAGACAUGUACUCAGACAGAAAGGAGAGGGAAGAGGCACAGAGGAGAGAGGGAAAGAGGGACACCAGGAGCGAAGGGGACAGCGAUGAGCGAGAGUUGAGGAGGGAAAGAGUGAGGGACAAAGAGAGGGAGGUGAUAUAUCAACACAGCAGAAGCGAGGGCGACAACAAGGGCAAAAGAGCGAGGGAGAGGGACCGGAAUAGGCUGGGAGACAAGGAGGAGGACAGGCAGAGGUACAGAGACAGGGACAGAGAAGCCGAGAGAUCCAGGAGGAGGGCAGUGGAAAAAGAAAGGGAGAGGUACAGGGAUGCAGACAGGAGACCAGCAAGGGAGGCAGAGAGAUGGAGGGAAAGUGGGAGAGACUUGAAGAACGACAGAGCGUGGUCAAGUGACAGGAGAGAUGAUGACAGAUACAGAGAGCAGAGGAGAGACAGGGACAGGAAGGAGAGAGAGGCCGAUCCUAGGUGGGAUGACAGAGCAGGCAGAAGCAGCCGAUCCCAGAACAAGACGCCUCCUAUGGUGCCACCACAAUCCCAGAGCAGCGGAGAGUGGAGCAGCGACAUGGACAGUGAGACUAGGUACAAGAGCGGCAGGGACAGUUAUGAAGAGAGGGAAUCGGGGAGGGAGGGCACUACUGAGAGAGAUAGAGAUGUGGAAGAGCAGAGGGCUGGUGAAAGAAGGGGACAAACAAGAAGUGAAAGACAAGAAGUGACAGGCAGUGCGCCAGAGCAAAGGAGGAUGUGGUUAGAACCGCAGAGGGGCAAGAAUAGUAAAGAAGAAUUUCUAGAUGGAGAGAGAGAGAGACAUGUGGGGCGGAAAGAGAGCUCAGAGUCACUGACAGAGUGGAGAGGAGAGGGGCAACGAGUAAAAGAGGAACCAGAUGAGAGGUACUUGGAUCAGAGCAGUUACAGGCAAAGGCAUGCAGGGAGAAAUGAGUUCAGGGUAGGCACAGAGAGGGAGAUGGAGGGUGUAAGUGUGGAUGAAGAGGACCUGGGGGAGGUCUGGAGAGAGACAGAUAAGGGAGGGAAGGGACAUCUGUCCAACAGCAGUGGUGGGCUAGAGGGAAACCAGCGGAGGGAUGUGGAGGGAGAGAACAUGACAGAUAACACAGAGGAGAGUGACAGAGAGGAAGAGGGUUGGGGUGAUAAUUUGGCCUGCUACAAGAAAGGAGGAAGUGAGUCAGGGUGGAGGCAAGACAGAGACAGCAUGCUGUCAGGAGAGGACGGCUUUGUGACCGUGUCCAGCGGCGGAGACGAGGAGGACGAGAAAGAGGAAGAUGAGGAGUUUGAGGACUGUCAAGAGUUCUGGGAGGGUAGGGUCGCGUAUGACCGACCCUCACCUGUUGGCUUUGAGGUGUGUGAGGGAGAUGAGGAGAGGGAAGGGGGAAGGACAACGGGGAGGGAGGUUGACGAGGAGGAAUGGGGAAGGGAGAAGCAACGAAAGUACGUCUUCUGUGUGAUUGGGCAAACUUUACCACGGUCAAAUCCUGCCGAGACGUCACUGUCACAAGCUGAUCCGACAGGAGGUGUGGAAAGCAAUGAGCCAAAUAUAAAAAGGUGUCACCGUAGCAGGGAUGACCAGCAUCUGACACUGAGCAGAAAUGAUGAAUACCAGAUCAUCAACAACAAAGACACAAAAGGAAAGAGUGAGCAGGACAUGACAAGAGAGGAGAGGGUCGUCACAGGAGAAACAACUGAAGUGGAUAUCAAAUACAGAGCAUCUCCAGAGCUUCAGGACACAGAGACUGGAGAGGAAAUGAGGAGCAAAGUGGAGCGCCUGCAUGCUGAAAUAGGGCAGAUUAAAAGAGACUCACAGACUGAAAGACUCCUCACAGAAUGGCGGGAGAAAAAUAAAGACCUGGACGAAAGAAAAAGGGAGCAACUUUCUCCGGUCCCGAGUAAUCCUUAUGCUGAUGUUUGUUCUGAGGCCAGUUUUGAACAAAUUCAACCCAUCCUGGAUGGGUUAAACACUGCAGCAAUGAGUCCUGAAGAGGUGGAGGCCAUUCGAAUCCGAAUGAGUGGGGCGUGGAGCAUGUCCGAGGAGCCCAAGCGGCAUUCCCAAGCCCCCCACCUCAAAUGGGCCAAAGAUGUGGUUCGAGAGAUCCUGGGACACUCGGAGGAGCAGACUGUGGAUGAACCAAACUCAGAAGAACGGGUAGACCAGGCGGAGGACAAGCAACAGCAGGAGGAAGUUGUUAAAGUGACAACAGACCAACAGCACUCUGAGCCAGAGCUGGAGGAGGACGAGCCGCUGGAAGUGGAGGGAUUGAGAGGUAUGGGGCAGAGCCAAGCUGACAUGCAUGCUGACCAGUUUAGAGCUAUGCAUGGCGUCACACCCACACACACUCAUGCUGACACACUGUUAGACACAGAGGGGAAGGAGGAUCACAAUCUGGACAAAGAGACUGAGCCUUCUGGCCACCUUCAGUUAGAAAAGUCAGACAUAGAGUUGACAAUUACUCGAGAGGGAGGAGAAGAGGUUACGUUGUCAGAAAUAGAAAAAGAAGAAAGCAGGAAGAAAGAAGUGGAGAUGUAUUUAUCUGUGAGCACCACACUGUAUAAGCCUAACAGCUGCCCCAUUCUUAAUUAUGAAUCUGAUUCUGACCUCCUCGUCCCCUCCAGAGAGGGUGAGAGCCACGAUGAGGGGGACAAAACGGGGGAGAGUGAGGAGGAAAGGCAGGAAGGGGAGCCUGAGGAGAAGGGUAUGGCAGCAGAGAUGGGAAAGACGGGAGUAGGGGAAGAAACUGAAGGGGACAGCACAGGGGGAAAUGACAGGGAAAUGAAAGAGGGGACUGUGAUGAGCACCUGCAGUUUCCGAUAUUUGGGUCCUGAAGCCCGAAUACGAAGGAGGGGAAUCCGUAAAACCACUGAAAGAAGACAUGGAGUGCUUGUGGACGUGGAAGAAGAGGAAGGUGUUGGGAGGGAUCGCAGAACCAGAAUAUUUUCUACAACAGAUGAUGAUGACGAUCGGAGCAAAAGCUGGGGAGAAGUGGAGCUGAGGAAUGUUUUGGACACAAUCGGAAGACGGAAAAGGAAUUCAAAGUUUUUCAAUGCCGCCCAGCUCUACCAGCAGUACAGCGAGGCGGCACAGAACUUUGAGAUCCUGCGCCAGUCUCGCUCCGAUGUCCUGUCUGUGUGCGAGGACAAUACGCCCUCUCCCGCUCCCUCGCCUCCCCCUGCCCGCAGACCUCUACCUCCCCUGCCUCCCGUCCCGCACCCUCACUCCUUGUCCCACACUGGCUCCAUCACCAGCGUCAAAAGCUUGCCUCUUCCUGAGCCCCCCAGGAGCGAAGGCAGGCCUUCCUCUCCACGUCUCUCCAUCUCACUCGCGCAGUCGCCCACGCUGUGGCGGGACCUGCCAGGGGUCAGGAACAGUGGCGAGCUGGAGGAGCUCACGGAGGACCAGAGGCGACUACAGGAGGUGAGAUUUGAAGUAGUGACAUCAGAGGCCUCCUACUGCCGGAGUUUGGACAUCGUCGUUGAACACUUUGUCAAGUCAAAGCAGUUGGGGGCACUGUUGACCACUCAAGAUAGAAACUGGCUGUUUUCCAGGCUGGCUGAUGUUCGUGCUAUCAGCCACAGUUUUUUGUCAAAGCUGGAGGAACGGGUGGAAUCAGACAUGGUGCACUUCACUGUGUGCGACAUCAUCACUCGGCACUGUCAGCGUUUCAGAAUGGUUUAUGUGCCCUACCUCACCAACCAGUCCUAUCAGGAUGCCACCUACCAGAGACUCAUGAAUGAGAAUCAAGGGUUCAAGCGGAUUGUGGAGAAAUUAGAGAGGAGUCCUGUUUGUCAGAGACUUCCUCUUCGUUCCUUCCUCGUCCUUCCUUUCCAAAGGAUCACAAGAAUAAAGCUGCUGGUCCAGAACAUUGUGAAGAGAACAACUCCAGGCACUGUGGAGGCAAUGCAGGCCAUCAAAGCUUUGAAACUUCUGGAGAAGCUGAUUCAAGAGAGUAAUGACAGCAUCUCUCAGAUGAAAAGCAUCGAGUCCCUGGUCUCUCUUAGUGCUAAGGUGGACUUUGAGUGUAGGACUCUCCCUCUGAUCAGUCAGUCUCGGAGGUUGGUGCGAGAAGGCCCGGUCACUGAGCUGAUGGAUUUCUCUCUAAAAGACACAGAGAGGAGCGUUUACUUGCACCUAUUCAAUGACUACUUGCUACUGUCACUACAAAAAGAAGGGGGAAAAUUCACAGUAAUCGACCACUCUCCUGUAUCAGACCUGCGUGUAGAGAACUGCCGUGUCAAACUUCACUCCUUACAGAAGAACCUGUUCCGGCUGCACAUGUCAAACAAAUCCCUGUUGCUAAGGACUGACACACAGAGUGAUAAGCUACGUUGGAUAUCCGCUCUCUCCCGGCCACAACCUGAAGUAGAUUUUUCCGCAGCUCAAGAUUUUCCACAGAUGCAGUGUAUUCGAGCCUUUGUUGCCCAGCAGUCUGAUGAGCUGUCUUUAGAAAAGGCUGACAUCAUUCUUGUACACCAACAGAGCAGCGACCAUUGGGUUGAGGGGACCAGGCUGUCUGAUCGGCAUUAUGGAUGGGUACCCGAGUCCCACUUGGAAACCAUUACCAACUCUAGAGUCCGACAACGCAACCUGUCAGAUGCGCUCAAACUUACAACUGCGACAGCUGCUGUCUGAGCAGGACGCUCAGAGUGGGACUAAACAGACUUCUUGGAUGCAACCUAAAGGAUGAGACUCAGUUGUCUGCUUCAAACUGCUGGAAAAUUGACAAUGGAUUAUUCAGUGAACCAAAUGGGAAUUUAUGUGUGCAGCAACUGAAAUGCUGGAAGAAUGCAUCUCAGCGUAGCAUGGCCUGUUUCACUUGGUGAAGCAAUAUAUUGCGACAGACCAAUGAAUGAACUGUUGAGGCCUGCCUGAAAGACAUUAAAAGUGUUGUGAUUGUAUUUAAGUGUCAUCUACGUCUCAAUGUUGUGUGUGAGAUAAUAAGUCAGUGGGCAGGUGUUUUUAUAGAAACAUUUUCCAAGAGAGAUUACCUUUUUCCAAGAAAUGUUAAUUUGGAAAAAUGUAUUAUUGCUUCUGUAUACUGACCUGAAUCUAAUAAAUGAAUGAAUGAAUGAUAAUGAAUAAAUUUUUGAUGCACGUCUAUUGAAAAUUGAGCCCCUGCAUGCAGGAGAGCUGAGGGAAAUUGUGCAAAAGCAAUUCAAAGAUGUACAGAGCUAUAUAGGUUAUACAGUGAGGACAUUUCAAAUUAACUCAGAUUUGUGGAAUAAAAAUCACUUUUGAACAUAA